UUUGGCGAUAGUUUUCGGGCUGCAGCAGUCCCGAGUAAAUGGCGCGAACGUGGAGGCCCGCAGCGAAGUUAGCUUUGCGAAGGCGCCGCCCCAAGUGUGGACUGGCUGCUUUCGCAAGGAGAGAGGGGCGCAGAAAGGAAGUCCUGGCGCGAUCCGGUUUGUGGUGUCGGUGAGGGUCUGGGCCAGCGGCCCAAUUUUGGAAGGAUGCAUGGCGGGCCCUCGUGGGGUCGCCGUUGCCGCGCGCAGGCACGCAUUGAGAUGCAGAGCGAAUUGGCUCGCAUGUUGUGGCACGGAGCGGGGCGGCGCAAGGAAGCAGCGCGCCAGCCAUGCGACCGCGAAUGAAAACCCGCCGGCCCAAAAGCGCACGCGGAUGGAUGCUGCCCCGCGUCGCCUCGCUUGCCUGCGUUUGUCUUGUUAGUUCGCCCCCGUUUGGCUGCCGGGGUGGUAGAUUGGGGGGCCACGCCCCCACAAUACCCGGGCCCGCUGCCCGCGGCUGCCUGGGGCCCGCUUGCUUGGAUGGCAGGCAGCCCGGCCUCGGGCCCGCCCUGUGUCGUCCUUGUUUUUAUGUGCGCGCUGGCCCUACCUUGGAAGAAGUUGCCUGCAGGCAAUAGCGGCUUCCCCCGUGCCAGCCGGGUCUCAUCUCUUUGAUAGAUUUCCCGCCCCCAAAUUGCCGGCUCGGGCCCGCCCGCCAGCGGAUCCGCCGGUCGCGCGCAUAAUUAUGGCAGCUUGUGUCGUGUGUUGUGAAUGUGGGCGCCGCGCAGUGAAGUGUGAGUGGCCGCGCGCUGGCUGGUGGCUGGGGCCCUACCUAGGCGCGUCGCGUAUGGGUCCAAAGAAACUUACGCACCGGCAGGUUGUGCGCGCCCUUGGGGCAUUUUUUAUUGCAGUGUCAAGCCCUACAGAAAAAGAAAA